AUGUUAAAUGAAACAAGUCGACAUAACACACAACAUCAAGAACAACAAACACGGAGAUACAUCAAAAAAGAGCACAAUUAUAAGAGCAAUCUUCAAAUUGAUAUAAAACAAAUCAAAGAAAAUGAAAAACUGAAAAUAUUUUCAAAACAGUCACACAGUACAAACAUGAAACGCAAAAAUGACUUACCAGCAUCAAUUAAUCUUUGCUUUUCUAGACAAAUAAUUGUACGCAAUCAAAUCGAAAUCACAUCUACUCAUAAUAGAUUUUCAACAUAUGUUGGUUAA